AUGGAGCAGCCCUUGUGCAUUGUCAAGCGCUUCCAGAAGAAGCCUGCAUUACAGGUGGCAUCUGAUCCUGAUGCGUCCGUCUCUAGUUUCUGUGAGGGCCCUCACACACCAUUACGCGACCAGCCCAUCUUGACAACUGUAGACACGCUGGAUUUUGAGAACAUUUUGUUCAGCUCAGAUGCUGGAGAUGGGCAGGCUGUGGAUGCAUGGUCACCGGAGGUCAAUGCAGCCUUCCCGCCUACGCCACCGAGGCUGCACACUGCAUUGCAAGAUUCUUUGGACUCGGGCAGCUCUGGCUCCUGGAAUUUGGUACGAGGUUGCCACAAGAAGGACCUUGAAUCGGCAACCGGCAAAGGGGGCCACGAAUCCAAAAUCGCGCCCCAAGUGUGUGGCGCCGCCGACAAAGAGGCCGAGCAGCUUACAUUCUCGUGA